CACUGUCUCUGUCUCUUGGCCGGCCUGGAGGGGGGGCUUAAUUACAUCGGGACGGAGGCGCUCGAGUGGGGGCACUCGAGUGAGGCGCUGCAGUUCCUGAGGCUGAGGCGGCAAAACCCCUGCUCUUUUUUCCGUUCGGUGUCUAUUGAGAUAGUACUACAAACACAUGAAGCCCGCCCCGAGGGCAGUGGCUGCUGCUGCUGCUGCGAGAAGAAGCUAGAGAUCCAAUCUGGAAAUGCCCACGCGAGCAGGGCCAAGCCAGGCGCGCGCGCAAUUUUCCAGCUGCAAAAUCGCAUCGCUCCCCUUGUCCGACGAGCAGCGCUGUCUUCUUAUCGCUUGUUUGGUUUGACUUUCAGCAGCAAGAGGAGUCCGAACAAGGGUGAAAGAGCAGCGCAGCGAUGGUGUACAUCAAGCGCUGGCCGUCGUUCCAUGCGCAAUGCCUCGACCUGCACAAGCGCUCGCCCGCCAAGACACGCUACCUGAUCAAGACGAGUCCCUCUGCCUCGUGGCUCAUCCUCAAAGUCACCAAUGACGACACCUGCCUAAAGUACCGGACGCGCUCGUCGAUCAUCCUCAACCGCUUCGAGGCCUUUACGCGCGAGCUCACGGGCGCCAUGGCCGGUCUUGAGCCCGCUGCGGCUGCGGCUGGUGCUGCAGCGCACGACGGCAUGGACGAGGAUGCCGUCGGCGUGGACGCGCAGACACCAGCAGCGGCAGCGCAGGGGCACAGUCAGGCAAAGGACGCCAAGGGGACCAAGGCGGCGACGGCGGGACAGGCAGGCGGAGAAGGUGCGACGACGACGUCGGCCUCGUCAUCAUCGAAAAAGAAGAAGAAAAAGGGCGGGAAAAAGUAGUCGCGGAUCUAAAGCCAGUCCACGCACACAUGUACUGUACCAUCAAUUCCAUGUCUGAACAUCUGA